AUGGCUUCUCUCCCUCCUGUUCCCGAGGCAAAAGGCAACCAGGUUGAUGUCCCGCCAUGUUUGCUUUCCCCAGCUUUCACGCCGCCUUCAACCCCGGGAACAAGAACUCCAGGGCGGUCUACAGAACCCGCAACUAGUUCUGCGUCGGAACAAAAUGCAGUCGUUCAGCCGACGUUAUUAGAAGAAUUACCAAAGGUGAAAUGCCAAGUCAGAGCAAGAAUACCGAGGAAUGGUGGAGGCGAAAUCUUCCUCCACUUGUAUACCAACAAUAUCGAUAACAAAGAGCAUCUCGCAAUCGUGUUUGGAGACGUCAUCCGUUCCAGAUCAUUAGAUGCCCCACAGGAGAAUGAAACAGAAAUGGUGCGGAUGACUCGGGGUGCUUAUACGGGUCGUUUAUAUCCUGGUAGAACGUCAUCCGCAGCUCUAUCCCCAAACCAGGUUGUUCAACCACCGGAAAAUCCCAUUCCUUUGGUUCGGAUCCACUCCGAAUGCUACACUGGGGAGACUGCAUGGUCGGCCCGGUGCGACUGCGGCGAGCAGCUUGAUGAAGCCGCUCGUCUCAUGACGCUCGAAGGUAAUGGUGUUGUGGUGUACUUGCGUCAAGAAGGUCGGGGCAUUGGGUUGGCCGAAAAAUUAAAGGCUUAUAACCUCCAAGAUCUCGGAAAUGAUACGGUUACGGCGAAUCUGCUCCUUCGCCACCCAGCUGAUGCUCGAUCAUAUGGGCUAGCUACUGCUAUACUCCAAGACCUCGGUCUGUCGAUGAUUAGGCUGUUGACCAAUAACCCGAUAAAGGUUGCAGCGGUCGAAGGUCCAAACAAGGAGAUCAAGGUCGCGGAAAGAGUUCCAAUGGUCCCCUUGGCUUGGAAGGGCUUAAAAGGAGGUGUCUCUGGGGAAGAAGUCGAUAAUUAUCUAAAAACAAAGAUUCACCGUAUGGGCCACCUCCUUCCAGAUUUAGGUCUCUGA